CUCGAAUGAGAGCAAAUGUGCUUCGUGACAAACUUGGCAAAUCGUGGACGUGAUUUUAAAACAGUGCAAUCAGUGGCUUUACGAUUGAGCAAAUUGUGCCAUGGUGCAUCUGGGUGUCGCCGCGCUCAUUGCGCAACGCUUGCGCAGCGCGGGUGGCUCGAUGCGCCGCGUUUGAUUCGCUUCAGCCCGCUGAUAGCGUGGAUCGGCGAAACGGGAAGGACGUGACCGAGACGAUGCGCCCGUCUGCUUCCUUGUAACCGCGAACAUGGGCGACAGAAGCGAGAGGGGCUCGGUGAAGCACCGGCGGAGGACCACGAUCGCCGGGGACGCGGCCGGGACUCAGGCGAAGCGCGGCGCUGCGGAGACGCUCCUCGGCGGACAGGUGAAGGAGAAAGAGCACAGACACGAGACACCCGCCAAUAAACACAAGAACCACAGCGAUGCUGGAGACGACGCCUUCAGCUGCCACAAGCUGCAGGAGUCGCUGCUCAGCUCUAACAGCGGCUACAGCAACUACCGGGGAAUCCUCAACUGGUGUGUGGUCAUGCUGGUCCUGUCCAAUGCACGGCUGGUCCUGGAGAACCUUAUAAAAUACGGCAUUCUGGUGGACCCCAUCCAGAUCAUCUCUCUGUUCCUGAAGGACCCGUACCGCUGGCCGGCUCUGUGCCUGAUCAUUGUUUCCAACGUCUUUAUAAUGGCAGCUUUGUACACAGAGAGAAAACUCUCCAUGGGGACCAUCUCAGAGGGCACCGGAGCCUUUCUUCACUGCCUCAAUCUUUCAGCUCUGCUGUUCGUCCCGGCCGGCACAGUCCUCAGCCUGACCUCCAUGACCCCAGUGGGCGGUGUUCUGGCCUUGAGUGUCUUCACCAUUCUCUUCCUGAAGCUGUAUUCGUACAGAGACGUCAACAAAUGGUGCAGAGAGCUCAGGCACGCCAAAGCCCGCACGCUGUCCCGCGCUCACUCCUGCCCGUCGGUGCACGGAGCCAACGGCUCGACCGGAUACACACGCGUGAGCUACCCGGCGAACCUCACACACCGAGACAUUUACUAUUUCGUUUUCGUCCCGACCCUGUGUUACGAGCUGAACUUCCCGCGCUCUCCGCGGAUACGGAAGCGCUUCCUGCUGCGCCGUCUUCUGGAGAUGGUGUUUUUAAUGCAGCUGAUGCUCGGUUUAAUACAGCAGUGGAUGGUUCCCACGAUUCAGAACUCAAUGAAACCCUUUCAGGACAUGGAUUUCUCGAGAAUCGUUGAACGUCUGCUGAAGCUCGCUGUGCCCAAUCAUUUUAUCUGGCUCAUCUUUUUCUAUUGGUAUUUCCACUCCUCUAUGAACUUCGUAGCUGAGCUCAUGCAGUUCGGAGACCGCGAGUUUUACCGCGACUGGUGGAACUCAGAAACGAUCCCGUAUUUUUGGUCGAACUGGAACAUUCCCGUUCACAAGUGGUGCCUGCGACACUUUUAUAAACCCAUGUUGGUGAGAGGAGUAAACAAGUUAGCGGCCCAGCUAGCCGUGUUCUUCCUGUCGGCGUUUUUCCACGAGGUUUCACUGCACACUUACAUUGAGCACUUAGUUCACGUAUUUAGUGAGCGUUCCUCUAAAGAUGUUUCGGCUCUGGGCGUUUCUGGGAAUGAUGGUACAGAUCCCCCUGGCCUACGUCGUGGGCCGGUUCUUGAGGGGGAACUACGGCAACGCGGCGGUGUGGAUGUCUCUGAUCAUCGGCCAGCCCGUCGCCGUGCUCAUGUACGUCCACGACUAUUACGUGCUGCACUACGGGAGCGCGUGACGCCGCCGCAUCCGCAACAACCGAGACGUUGAAUGUAAAAAAAAGGGCGCGUGUAUUUUUUAGAAGGGAAUUUUUUAACAGCCUUCAACCCGAAUCAAACGCGAUCAUUUCGUCCGAGAGACAGGUGCGUUUUAUAACGUGAGGUUAUCACUGCCGAGCCAAAGCAGCGCAUCAUUUGCAAUGCCUUCUCGCCGCUCUUUCACACAUUUUCCUACCAAGACGAUCGAUUCAAGGCGCAGGGGAAAAAAAUGCAGUCGUUUUUUUUCCAAAUGCAUUUCCAAAGGGAACUCAUUUGUGUCCGCGAUAUAAAUAAACGCCACUUUUUUAGUCGUUGCGCUGCUGCUUUGGUGGCGUGAUCGACUGGAUCUGUGAGUUUGUGCACUUUACUCAGAAACGCAUGACCUUUCAAGGGUUCAUCUGAAGAAUGUAACCGAUUUUUAGUUUCUGAAGAGACACGUAUAAAUGCAUUGUAUGAACACCCUGCGUGAAUCUGUGAAAUUGUUAAAGCCAAAUGUUUCUUUUGUGCCCUUUCAAUUGCCUGCAGUGUUAUUUAAAUGUGAUUUAACGGGAUUCAAGCACCAGUAAGGCCAAAUCAUUUUACUAAAUGACGGUGAAAUGUGUAUAAAAAGAGUUAUUUUUUAUUUCUUGUGAACAGACUUUAUUCUAAACUUUUUUUAGGGAAACACUGAGACUACUGAUUUUUUUUUAUGCCAAACCAACCACAAAUAAAUGGGACACCAAACAAGAAGUGAGGCUGAUGUUGCCAAAUAUUUGACUUAAAACCAUUGGUAAAAUAAUUAUAUAUAUAUUUAUUUAUAUAUAUUAUUAUUAUUAUAAUUAUAUAUAUAUAUAUAUAUAAUUUUUUUUUUUUUAAUAUAUAUAUAUAUAUAUAUAUUAUUAUUUUUUUUUUUUUUUUUUUUUUAUAUUCCCAUAUACUAUGAAGCGAAAUAAUAGUUUUUUUGUCACCUAAUUACCGGUUUAAAAAACGCCGCAUUGCUUGGUCCCAUUAUUUGUGCGUUUUGAUUUUUAGGCUUCACGUUUAUGAUAAUAAUUCAAAGUAAAUUGACUUUAUUCCACGCAGCUGCUGCAAUCAGGUGUGAUAACGGAUUUGUUUUCAAAGUAGCUUUUGAGGUACCUUUCUACAAAACAUUUGACAGAUUUAAUAACCAGCAGAUUUUUCCUGUGAAAGCCAAAGUUUGUAACUGAAGACACGUUCGCUUUUCUUUGUACGGUUUUGGCAGCUCAUGUUCCGGUUUAAUAAAUCUUUUCAAACAUCA